AUGACAGAUAAGGCGGUUGCGAAGCUUAUAGAGUGGCUCAAAACCUCGGAGUUGACAUUCAUCUCUGACAAGAUCGAGAUCGUGCAAGACGCAGCUUCAGGACGAGGCGUCAGGCUUAAACAGUGCCAUAUUAAUAGCAAUGAGGAGAUCAUCGGGAUCCCAAGCGAAUUUCAGCUGAAUUUCCACAGUGUGCUCCAUCAUUUAUCGCAGUUCAAUCGGAAGCUAGUUGUGCCGGGCGUGACCGUUACCGAGCCUGAAGGCGAUGCCGAUGCCGAGGACCCAAGGACGCGCGCCUACGGCGUGCUGGACGCCAACACGGUGCUGCAGCUGAGCAGUUUCCAGCUGCUCGCACUGUACAUCCUCGCCGAGUGGGUUCUUUUGAAGACAUGGGGCUGUGAAACGCAGUCGUUCUGGCAGCCGUUCUUCGAGAUAUUCCCCACCAGCGCUGAUCUGCGCGCUAUUCCUGCAUACUACAGCCUUCAAUUCGCGAGUACCAGCAAGGAGCUGCUGCCGCUGCUCCCCCCUGCCUCUGCGUGUCACUGCAGGCGGAUUUGUGAGCUGGUGCAGGGCGACUGGGCUCGCAUCCGCGGCAUCCUGGAACAGUGGAACAUCCUAUUCGCCGACAGAGAAACCAUUACCCUGGAGCAGCAGUUUGAACAUUUCCUGCACAUUUACUUUGUCAUAAAUUCCAGGUGUCUAUACACUCCCGUGCCGCUGAAGGACAACCGCGACGACAACUUUACGAUGGUUCCGUAUGUUGACUUCCUAAACCACAUCACUACGGUCUCUGAACAUUGUUAUCCCAAGGUGGAGAGCGUCAGACGACUUUAUGGAGGGGUCGGGCGAUUCAGCAUUAAAUGUGGGCCGCAUGCGUACCGCGUGCCGAUGGAGGAGGUCUUCCUGAACUAUGGCGCACAUUCAAACGACUUCCUUCUGAACGAGUACGGCUUUACGGUAGACGAGAAUGAAUGGGAUUAUAUCGAUGUCACCGAAGUUGUAGUGUCGAUGAUCGAAAAGCCCGAGCACGUUGAGUUUCUCCGCGAGCAUGACUACUACGGGGACUACACCAUUGCAUUUGAUUCGGUCAGUUUCCGAGUGCUGGUUGCCCUCGCGCUGGUGGCCACUGAUGACUACGAGCGCGUCAAUAAAUACAUGAUGGGUUAUAUUACAGAUGACUACUUUGGACCAAGGUAUUCCAGCCUGCUGCUGGAAGUCCUGCAGCGCGCCAGGCAGUUCUGCGAGGCCGCGCUGGAAUCGGCCAAAAAGAUGACGACCGCGGACCGGUAUUGCACAGAGAGCGUCAUCGCGAUAUAUAAGGGGUAUCUCCGCAUUCUGCGGCACCAUUUAGACUCUCACACAGACUGA